GAGGUGGCAACUGGGCCAACGUUUGGCGGGGUGUCAAGAGAGUGAAGCAGCAGAGUGGAGUCGACCAUCGCUGGGAUACCUCACGUCCUGUCUUCUCCUGUGACGCUUGUACAUCUGCUCGUGUUGUGUGUAUAUAUAUACGCUGAAGUGUGUAAUACAUUAAGGGCGAGGUCAGCUGGUGUAUCGUGGUGUACUGCUCUUAAGAGUUGUGGUAAUACUGUGGUGGGAGUCAUGUCGUCCCUGCUGCGAGCGCUCUUUAACGGCACUAGUAAACACAAGAAGUUGUCAGAAGAGUGGGCGACGAUCCGGGAGCCCGUGGUGGAGGGUGUGACCUUCUACUGCAAGUACCUGGGUUCCACACUGGUCGACGAUCCUAAAGGCGAGGCGUCCACGGCUGAGGCGAUUAAGCGCAUCAUCCACGCGGCCAAGCAGGUGUCACGGAAACCUGAGAGGGUCGGCCUCCACGUCUCCCUCGAGGGCAUCCGCAUGGCUGACACAUCUACCAACGAGGUCCUCCUCUACACUUCCAUAUACAAGAUCUCGUACUGUUCUGCAGAUGCUCACUAUGACCACGUGUUUGCUUUCAUCGCCACAAAUGACAAUGAUACUUGCGAGUGUCAUGCUUUUCUCUGCUCCAAAAGAAAGAUAGCUCAAGCAGUAACGGUCUCAAUUGCACAAGCAUUUAACUUAGCAUACGAGUAUUGGAAAAUGGCUGUGGAAAACAGAGAAAAUGGAGAUGUAUAUGCACAUGAGGAAUUGCCUGCUGAAGUGAAGGUUGGUUCUGCAUCGAUUCAAAAUGGUGGUUUGAAUGUCCACUCGCAGCCAUCCAGCCAGACAUCUUCCCCAAUUCCCAUUCGCUCUGAUUUUGGAUCGUCGGAUAUGAGUACUUCAGGUUACCAGUCUAGUACACAAGCACUGCUGAUUGAUCUGGAGGGUUUUUCUGAGCAGCUGGCAUCUACAGAAACUUCCAAAGAUAACCAGGUGGAGAGCAACAGCAGUGGCACAGUUCUCAGUAAACCUUGGGAUGCCUUUGGUGACUUCGAUGAGAUUAAUGAUGGGUUUGAAAGGUUGGCUUUGAGACGGGAGGACCAGAAUCGUCUGCCUGGGAUAUCCCCGGAGAGAUGGGUAGACCUCGAUCUUACAGUAUUAACGGAUCUCCCACCAGCUUCUCCGACAGGGAGUGGCUUCUGGCAGUUAGCUAGUUCUCCCCCUUCUAGCUCUACAGCCAGCUCUCCAACAGAUCCAUGGUUACUGGGUCAAUCUCCACCAGAUGUUUGGGAAGACUUCUCUGGAUCACCAAACAUGGCCUUCCUGCACUCGUGCCAGUCUCCUCCUUCACAAUUAAUGUUCGCAAAUUCAAGUGUAAAAAAUACACUUGUGCCAUACGAGGUGGCAAAAGACCCAUUUAUUCCAUGUAAGGUAGGCAAAGACCCAAUUGUUCCUUCUACAUCAGAGAAUAGUUUUUCAUCAAAGAUGGUAGAAAAAUCUGUCCAUUGUGGAACAAUUAAAAAUCCAUUUAGCCCAUCAGGCAGUGUUAAAAAUCCAUUUUCAUUGAAGCACAUUUUGGAGGACCCAUUCACAUGUGCAAGAAAUCCAUUCUCUGCCAGUCAACCCGAAAAAUCGAGUAUUUCGUCUUGUUCCAUUAGUGGUUGCAGUUCUGGUCAGCCAUUAUGGGGCAAUGAUGCCUUUGAUGGGCAAAAAGGAAAAAAUGUUUUAUGCUCAUGAAAUGGGUCUUGAAAGUUUAAAAUUUUCACUGUCGGGUAAUAUUGCAGCAUAAGCAUUAAAAUCCUUAGUAGUAAAAGUAAACUUUAUUUACUCCUAUUUUGCAUUUUUUCUUCCAUGGUUUAGUGUGCUGGCAUAAAGCUAUAUGUAUUGAAUGUUUUGGACAGCUUUUUAGAAAAGUUGGCAUUUGUGAUAUUCAUUUUAAAAAUUUCCAAAUCUUAUUGGACUACAGUACUAAAUUUUGGCAAAAAAGAACAUGCCAAGAAUAUAAAUUUAUUACACUGGGUUUGGAGGCUGGCUGUCAAAAAGUACCACAGAAAUGACCAAAUUAUACAUUAGUUUUCCAAAUUACUCGUUGAGUGUAGUCGCAAUAAUGGCAGUUAUCGGCAAUGUGUCUAUUUAGAUCAUAAUAAAUUUUUGCCGUAUUAAAUAGUAAGCUUUUUACAGGCUGAGCUAAGAGUACUGAAAAGUCUUGAUUCUUAACUUGAGCAUAGCCAAAUGAAGCGUGAACUAGUCAACAGAUGUUCUUAACAUAGAUUAAAUUAAAAGCAUUUGGGAUGGGCAGGAACCGGAUUGUUCAGAGGAAGUUUUGCAUAUGUUACACUGUACAAUAAUUGUAAAAUUUAGUCCGAUGGUUAUUUGCUUCUGUGAAACUGUUCAUUGUCAUCCAUAAUGCUGCCAUGUUUAUACAAUCAUGUACUCUUUGGGAUUAAACUAAUCGUGUAACAUAAAAAAUUGUCAUUUUAUCAUUCGGUUUUAAGAAAUUAUUCAACUAGAUCUUGGUUUUGAUUUGCUGGUACUAAAAUAAUCCUUGUUUUUGCAUCUUGGUACUGCCAUUCUUCCAAUUUUCAGUAGUCUCUACUACAUUAUCUACAUGUAAUAACCAGGAAAACCACUUUGUAAUAAUGCCGAUAUUGAAAGUAUGACCCAUAUUUAUCUAAUUUUCAUGAAAUUGUAUUCCCCCUCCCCCCCCACACACACACACACACACACUGCUUUAAGGAGGACUGGCUGUUGUGGCAAAUUGCAUAAAGUUAAGUCUUCAGUCACUGUUUUACUGAAUUCAUUAAGUUAAUUUGGAGUUUUGGUGUAUUGACCCAAUAAUGUAAAUGGUUUUGAUCCAGGAAAGGCUUCAUAGCAUUACAGGUGUUGGUAGAGUACUGGCUGAAGUUAUGGCUGACGAGUUAUUGUUCCUAGGUACACAAUGACGGCUAAGCAUCUUUAGGUCGUAGGGUUCCUUGAAAAGAUGGUUCUCCCGUGGAAAAAAACUGUUGAAUCUACCUCCUUUGACAUCACUAGUCCUGUCUUUCUGCUGCUGUAGUGACAUCCUGAAUAUCAUUUAGAAGCUCUUGAGUAUUUUAUUAAAGAGAACACUACAUAGCCUUCUGGGUUUAGUGUUUCUUUGAUUACUUAGAGAGGUGGCAUCUAAAUUCAUUGACAAUGGGUCGUCCGGUAGCAGAAAAUGUGCAUAUAUUGCCAUUUGAAAUUUUUAUUACAAAAAGGAGAGGUUCACAAGAGUACAAAUAUUAAGGUUAAAUUUGUUGUUGGUAACCUGUGGUUCGAGACCACUUUGGCAUGGUGAUUUUGGACUGGUAACGUCUAGAAUUUUAAUUUAUUAAUUAUUAGCAAAGCUAAAUAUUUUAUUAAACAUUGUAGAUAUUGGUUACUUUAGUAUGGUGACAAGUAACGUUAACCUGGCAACACCCCCUUUCCCUUUGCUUCCCCAAUUUGCCAACCCUUACAUAAUGGUAUAUAGUAAUUUGAAAACCCUUUACCCACUUCAGUUCAAUUUCAGACUGGUACUGUAUUCCUAACUCUAAACAAAUAAAGUACAUUUCCUUUAUGGGAAGUGCAGCAUUCAUAAUGGUCUUUGAUAUUCCAGGUAUAAGAUACAUCCUGUUAAGAAUUAAUUGUAGCAUACAAAAUUUCAAAUUAAGAUUUUCAAAGGACAAAUUGGACACACGAUGUGUACUAACAUUGACUCGUGACCCUCUAUUUACUAUACUGAAGUACAGGUACAUAAUGAAUUGUGUAUCCGAUAUCAAUUCCAAUGCUGGUGUAGUUUAAAACAAAGAGUAGAUUUUGGGUUUGAACUAGCAUGCAGAUUCUAAAUUUUUGCAAAUUGUAAAACCUGGGCGAAGAAGUUUGUUUAAUGUAAACUAUUGUAUAGUUCGGUGUGCAUUUUGAUUAAAUUUUCAGAAAUCUUCAUGAACAAUUACAUUUCGCAAGUUUGUUGCUUAUUAACGACAUGCUUGUCAGUACAAACUAUUUUUUUUUCCCUCUACCUAAAAUAUCCUUAGUUUGAAAAUCCUUUUCUGUGAUACGUUUGCUCAAUGCUUCAGAUUCCAUAGCACUGGGCAUAUCUGCUUAAUAGUAACUAGAGAAAGUUGUAAAAUUACCUUUAGUUCUUUUAGGGUUUAAUUUUAAGGCAAUUGUGUAUAAAAUUUCCCUAGAUACUUGUCAUUGUAUUGUCAGUUUUAGAUAUUGCACAGUUUUAAUACCUCUGCAUUUGUUAUAUGCACAAGAUUUUGUACAGAAGGGUUUUUAUCUUAGAAAUGUUUAGUUAGGGCCAGUAUGCUCUGUCUAGUUCAGUAUUGGAACAUCUACAAAUGUUAGAAUAGUAGUCGGUUUUUGAGGUUUGUGUAAUGAAUUUGUGAAAGAUCUGGUCAACUAAAUAAUUGUAUUUUGUGGGAUGUUGUAUAGCAUUGACGUUUGGAUUUUGUAAUGGAUAAAUUUUGUAAAGCACAGAAGCUGAAAGUUAAGAUUUUGUACAUCUUCUAAAAUUUGCUAUAUAUUUUGAAUGCUUGUAUGAACUUUGUAGCUGUGAAUACCUUUUUUUUUUUUUUUUUUUUUUUUUUUUUUUUUCCAGAUUACUUAAAACCUAAGGAAGCAUCACAUGUUUAUAAGGCAUACAUUUAAAACUUUCAUAAGAUUUCAAUAUUAUAGCUUUCAUACAAAAAUGCAUUAAAGUACAUUCUGAAAGUGGAGUAAACAUGUGCUGGUUAUACUUUCAAAGGUAAGAUCAUGUGGUUUGGAAUUUUCAAAAAGCAAAAUUGCUGGCAUGUGCUAACAUAAUGAAACAUUGUCUUGAAAGUGGUGUGCAACAAGGUUUGGACUAUGCAUUGAUGAUGCUGUCACUUUAUGCUCGCCCUCAAAAAAUUUGAAUACGGUGCAUUCCUAAGCUGCAGGCUCAACUGUGCCAGACUGAAGGUUAGCUCACUGAAGGUUUUGAUAGUACAGCAAGACUUUGCUAAUCAUGCAUAAUUGUCUAAAUUCAAAGGCUUUACAUUGGUGCUGAUAUGCUGUAGUCUUUAACAUGUGAUGCUUCAUUUUCGGGUACUUGUAUGAUUUCUUGCAUGGAAAUCUGAAUCUCCUCGAUGUUUUAUCACAAGUUGGUGUUGGGUUAUGUUUUUGUGGUCUGAAUACAAUAGUUAGUGAAAGAUCAAAUGUUUUGAUGUAAUGCAUCAUUAGUUGUAUAAAACUUUCAAUAAUAUUUUUUGUGUAAAA